CAGCCGGCAGCCAGGCAGGUUCUUCCCCAGCCUGAGGCAGGGCGACCGAGGCGCAGGGCAGCGGAACGGGCGUGGGGGACGCUGUUAGAGAAGCCGGCCCGAACCGACGCACCCUGGCCAUGAAGAGCUCGGGAGGGGACGGAGACGCACGUCUCUUGACCGCGAUCCUCUUCGCCCUGCACUUGCGGUUGGCUGCCGGCGCGUGCCCGUGUCAGGAUCCCGCGCUUUGCGAGCCGAUCUCGAGCUCCAGAGACUUCGAGGUCUUUGUAUUUGAUGUUGGUGGGAAGACGUGGAAAAAUUAUAACUGGUCACUAAUUACAACAGUGGCCACGUUUGGAAAAUAUGAUCCUGAACUUAUGUGUUAUGCUCAUUCAAAAGGAUCCAGAGUAGUUUUGAAAGGAGACAUAUCUGUGAAGAAAAUUAUUGAUCCCACGAUUAGAGCAGCCUGGAUAAACCAGCAGGUAGACCUGGCCAAAACACAGUACAUGGACGGAAUCAAUAUUGACAUUGAGCAAGAGAUUAACCCAUUUUCGGCUGAAUAUUAUGCAUUAACAGCUUUGGUUAAAGAAACCACAGAUGCUUUCCACAAAGAAAUUCCAGGAUCCCAGGUAACUUUUGAUGUACCUUGGUCUCCUGAAUGCAUAGAUAGGAGAUGUUACAACUAUACUGGGAUUGCUGACUCCUGUGAUUUCCUGUUUGUGAUGUCUUACGAUGAACAGAGUCAAGUAUGGUCACACUGCAUAGCAAGAGCCAAUGCUCCAUGUAACCAAACUUUAGCAGGGUAUGACAAUUACACUUUCAUGGGCAUUAGCCAAAAGAAGUUGGUGAUGGGAGUUCCAUGGUAUGGCUAUGAUUAUACUUGUCAAAAUUUAUCAAAGACUCAUGAGUGCACCAUUCAGAAAAUCCCUUUCCGGGGAGCUCCAUGUAGCGAUGCAGUAGGACAUCAGGUUCCAUAUAAAACAAUAAUGUCUCAAGUGAAUAGUUCUCUUUCUGGGAUUCUGUGGGAUGAGGAGCAGAAAGCGCCAUAUUUGGAAUAUAAGGAUUCACGUGGUGUUUUUCAUCAAGUAUGGUUUGAUGAUCCCAGGAGUAUUUCUCAGAAAGCUGCCUAUGUGAAAAAACAUGGCCUGAGGGGUAUCGGAAUGUGGAAUGCAGAUUGUCUUGAAUAUUCUGGGAGUUUUGAAACACAACAACAGACAGAAGCAAUGUGGGACGCCUUGAUUCCAAAAUAAUGUGUGUGUGUACACUAUCAUUUUAAAUUUAAUGCUGUUUUAAUUAUGCACCAUUUGAUUUUUAAUGACACUAUAUUACACUUAAUCUAUUCUUGUCAACAAAUAAAAGUUACGAUGCAUUCAGAAUGUAUUCAGA